CUGCGCCUGCUCUAUCCAGGCCGGGUAUAUGAUCUAAGUAUGAAUCCGCCGAUAGAAUAUGAUAACAUAACAAUAACAUUGAAUACUGAUAAAGGAAUAAAACAUUAAAAUUUGAAGCAUUAAAAUAAAAACUAUUAAAGUCUGCAUCUGAGGAGCACUGGGUCUAGACUACUGAAUUAUAAUAUAGUCGAACCUUGGACUUUUUACGUUUUAUGAGUACAGUUAUAUAAACAUAGGAAUUAGGAAAUUCAUUGAAUUUGAUGUUUGGAAUGUAGUAUUUGUAUUUUAAUAUAUUCUGUGAUGUUUGUGUAUUGGUGAUAGAUUUAACUAUCUAUAGUACCUACUUGUUUCAAUUUUCAAUUAUCUGACGGAACUCCUAGGUCCAGAUUUCUCCAACGCAAUUGUAUAAUUUUAAUUGGAUAGAUUCUGAAGUUGUUUUUUUCACGAUGUAUGUGUAUCCCUUUGCUGGUAUUGCAGAAUAAUGACAUUUAAGUUACCGCAACACUACUAAAUUAAUAGACUAAUAAUUACCGUAAGCUAAAAUAUGUCUUUCGAUGAUGGAGUGCAAGCAACCAACUGUGAUGCGACAAAGUGCAAGUAUUCAGCUGUAAAGAUGGGCUAUUGGCAAGACGAUUUCAUUCAGUAUUUUGUUACCGGCUAUGAACGUAAGACACCAGAGAUUAAUCGAGGAUAUUACGCUCGAACUAAAGGUGUCGCCAUGUUCAUGGACAAAUUUCUCAAGAAAACUGGAUCAAACUGUCAAAUAAUAAACCUUGGUGCUGGGUUUGACACUCUCUACUGGAGAUUGAAAAACAGUGGAAUAACAGUGAACAAUUAUAUUGAAAUUGACUUUGCUUCAGUUACGUCCAAAAAAUGUUUUCUAAUCAAAAAGAGUAAAAUUUUAUUACAGACCAUUAGCCCACAUGAGAGUGAAGUCAAAAUCAUAGGACCAGAUUUACAUGCAUCUGAUUACCACAUAAUCGGCACAGAUCUUCGAAAUCUGUCAGAACUGGACAAGAAAUUAACUCAAAGCGGCAUAAAUUUUGAUACACCCACAAUGUUUUUAACUGAAUGCGUUCUUGUAUAUAUGGAGCCAGAAAGUUCUUCAAUGUUAUUGCACUGGAUCGCUAAGAAGUUUAAUGACAUUUUUUUUAUUAAUUAUGAACAAGUUAACAUGAAUGAUAAUUUUGGACGGAUCAUGCUCGAUAACUUACGCAAUAGAGGAUGUGAGUUAGCUGGCGUUGAUGCAUGUUUAAGUCCUCAAACACAAAUGGACAGGUUUGUAAGAGUCGGUUGGGACAGUGCACGGAGUUGGAACAUGAUUAAUAUAUAUGAAUACUUACCCGAAGAUGAUAGAUAUCGAAUGGAAAGAUUAGAAAUGCUAGAUGAACUAGAACUGCUCCAACAAUUGUUACAACACUAUUGUAUUACAAUAGCCUGGAAAGGCAUAACCAUGGCUGAUGUUGAUCAUUUAUAGCAGUUACAGCGGCAGGUUAUCAAUGACAUAGCUCAUAACCUGCAUAUUGGAUGUUGAACAAAAUUACACCCAUUUAUAUACAAAUUGCGUGUUAAUGUUGUUUUGUGUUUUUAACAAUUUAUAUCAUUAAAAUAAUAUGGUGGUUAUAUGAUUUUGAUUUUUUGUUAAAUAGUUAUAACAUUGAUAAUAAAUUUUUAGCUGUAAUAUUAGGUAUUCAUAAUCAUGGUUAUAACUACAUUACCCGACAAUGUAAAAUUCUAAUAAGCUUGUUUAUUUUGAAUAAUACAUAACAUAUUUUAAGUACAUACAGAAAAUCACAAAAAAAAUAAAAACACCGUGUUAGAAAAGAAUCUACAUAAAAAAAAAUAUCACAAUUAUUUGGCCUAAAUGAAUUGUUGUAAUGCUACAUCUGCGACAAAGCCUAAAAGUAACCUACUUAACUAACACAUUUAUUUAUUAAUUAAUUAAAAACUACUAACUACAAAUAAUUGAAUGUGUCUUCCUACAUUUAUUUAUUUUACUAGCUCACUAAAGGACACCACAAUUAAUAUUCAAAAUAUUUUUGUUCUGGAGUUUAGAUAGAUUUAGACUGAUUUGAUAUUGUGUUAAACUAAACUUAAUCUUUUUUGAAUUUUAUGUAUAGUUGUAUAAAUAAAAAGCUGUCAAUACAUAAUUUUUUGGUAUUUACUUGUACAUAAAAUAAAAUUUAACCCGAACAUGUAUUUUCAUUCGUCAAUAAAUUCUUAAGUAUUUAUUUGCUUACGUGGUUGAAACUUUAAAAGGUUGAUUCUCAUUAAUUGCUGCUUGCCUAUAAAUCAGAACUAAAGCACAGUCCUAACGGUAUUUUGGAAUGUGAAUUGUACUGAGUGUAAGUGAACCACACAUUAUGGUUACAAUCUGUAUUUAACAUCAUUAAUUAUUAUAUAUAAUACUUGAAUACAAUUUAAAAACCUUAAGCUAUAUACAUUUCAUCUAUUAUUUCAAACACUUGUAUAAACAUUAAACAUCAGUCGUUUAUAUAAUAUUAUACUAAAGUUAACAUUUUAAAGACAAAUUUGUUGCUAAUUAAAAGCUAAUCAACAACAUUUACAUUCAAUAUUUAAAUACAUAGGUAGAAUGUUUGAAUAUGAAUUUGACAUUCAUAAUUCAUGGAUACAGUUUAAAAAAUAUGAGUUAAAAUACAAAAAUAUGCAUAUUUAAAAAUUAUACUUAUUCUAAUUUUAAGUUAUAAAAAGUGGACGGAACACGAAUGUUCUGAUAAAGGUGUAAUCUUUUUAAGACGAUGUAAUGUCUAAUUUCUUCAUUUUGAUGCUUGGAUAGAUGUUUUAGUUAAAAUUAUUAUUAUUUUUUAAGAUAACUAUCAACAAGCCAUGAUCUUUGCCUAAUUUUAAUUGGCAGUUUAUAUUAUGCAUACAUUAAAAAUAAGGAUUUAAAUUUAUUAAUAAUCUUAAAAAUCUUAAAUAAUUAUAAUCUUACAUAUACUUCGUAUUAUAAUUUGGUAACAGUUUUACAGCUAAAAUAUUGUAAUUUGAACAACUGUAUGAAUAUUUAAUACAAGUUACAGCUAAUGGAAUAUUCUUAAAUUAUAUUAAGAAAUAAUACUCUUGAUAAUUUAAUAGAAUUUCAGUACACAAUUUCAAUUCUCACUAUAACUUUUAGACACAUCUAACAUGGACAAUUAAUAUUGUUAGCUAUGUUACUGAGGGUGAAUUUACUUAUUACCAAACAUAAAGGAAAGAACAUUAUUUGUGUUGGCACAUCAAAGUUAAGGAUAUCUCAGCUUGUAUGGAUAUUAUGAGUAUGUAAAAUAUCACAGUACAAAAAGAUCAUAUAUUGCAAACAAUUUAAAAAAAAAACGUAAAAAAGUCAAUGUACAAACUCAGAUUGUGUUCUUAACUUAUGGUUCUUAAGUU